AUGGCCACGCAAACCUUGCGAAAGAUCGGCGACUAUAUCGCGCCUCCUGCUACGAAGAGCGAGGACGGCCGUGACCAAUGGCCGUCACGAGCAGCCUUCCUACUUGCUGCGAUGGGUGGCUGUGCCGGACAAGGAAAUCUGCUCAGAUAUCCCAGUGUUUUGUAUAACAACUAUGGACUCCAGUGGUUCAUCCCAUAUCUCUUGGCUGUGUUUCUCAUUGCCAUUCCUGCACUAAUCUUAGAGGUCUCGAUUGGACAAGCAUACCGCGGAGGAACCGUCAUCGCAUUCAAUAAUGUACAUCGCCGGCUGAAGGGUGUAGGUAUGGGGCCGGUCAUUGUCAGCUUCCUCGUUGUGCAAUAUUUCACUGUCAACUUAGCAUGGAUCAUGCAGUACUUCCGACACAGCUUCACUAGCCCCUUGCCAUGGGAAAAUCGGAUCGAAGAAUUCUACUACCAAGACGUACUUCAACGCGGGGAGAUCAACGAAGGAAGCUUGAGCGCUGAUGGGAAUUCAGUAGCCCGGUUCACGACCUACCCCAAUGGAGCGCUUAUUGGCGAAACAGUCGGAUGGAGUAUUUUCGUUUGGUUCCUCAUCUGGAUUUCCAUCUUCCGUGGUGUUGGAAUGACAGGGCGAGUCGUCUACUUCACCAUGGGAUUGCCGGUUGUUACUACCAUCAUCUUUGUCGGAAGAGCAUUAUCACUCGAAAAUGCAAGAGAAGGCGUUGACCUUGUGUGGAGGACAUGGAGGAGCGAUCAGCUUGCUUCGGGUGUUGUCUGGCAAACAGCCGUUGGCCAAGUUUUCUUUUCGACUGGCAUAGGGUUUGGAUACUUCACUUCGUACGCCAGCUACAACACCAAACACUCCAAUGCUGUCAUGGACGCAUGUCUCAUCUGCGGCAGUAACGUUCUAUUCGAGAAUUUUGCCGCGUUCGCCAUCUUUGGCGUUGUUGGCUUCCUCCGCAGAUGGCCACAGGACGGCGAGAGACUCGGCGCAUUUGUUGUCGGAUUUCUCACCUUGCCUGAAGCUGUACUUCAAAUGCCUGGAGCUAAUUUCUGGGCAGUACUAUCAUUCUUCACACUUGUGGUUCUUGGAUUCAGUUCGGCCUUUGUUAUGCUGGAUGUUGUAGUCACUCUUAUUUGCGACUCUGGUAUGGUCAAGGCGUCACGACCUGUUGUCGUCACCGCACUUACUAUUCUUUGCUUUCUAAUGUGCCUACCAUACUGUACUGAGUUUGGAUACUAUCUGCUAGAUGGCAUUGAUCGAUGGGUGAACAACGUUGCCCUCAUUUUCGUUGUAUGGAGCGAAGUCUCCAGUGCUACUACUGUAUAUCGAUGGAAAGACAUCGUUCACCAAACUGGACUUCCUGCUUUCGUGGUCUACAAUGUAGGCUUUCUUGGUGCUCAGGUGCUUGGCAUCAGCUUAGCCCAUGGCAUCAGUAGUCCAGGUAUUGGAGCGGGUGCAGGUUUUGGUUUCUACUGUUUUAUGGCUAUUGUUGCUGUCAUAAUAGCACGAAAUCCUGACGUAGGUGCGCCUUCAUUCUGGAACGGCACUGCUCUUUUUAGAAAAUUUUGGUAUCUUGCAUUUUAUUCAGGCAAUCAACUACGCCGUGAUUUGAAUGUGAUCGUUGGGCGGGGCAAGAACUGGAAGAUUCCUGCAUUCAUGCCUGUCCUGCUCCGUUACCUUAGCGGCCCUGUCCUCGCCAUCAUACUCUCCUUUGCCUUCCCAGAGUUUCAUACUCUUCGCUAUGAUCCCAUGAUGAUUGCUGGGUUUAUAUUAUCUAUCCUGACUAUUAUAGUCAUCCUGUUCGGCUUGGUGAUGCCUCGAUAUUACGAUGCAUUCAUCCCUGUAUACCGGCGAUCCGAGGGUACUGAGCCAACAAUGCCGAUGCAAACCAAGGGUGAAUUAGGUGGAAAACCAGUAGCAGAGACGAUAGCUGCAGAACAUGGCCAUGGAAGUGUAACAAGGGACUUGUCUCCCGGACAGGAAACUGGUGGUGAGAAGCAGGUCAAGACAACAAGCCUGACAUGA